CACACAUUUGAGCCAUCUUUGGUCCCCGUUAACGCGGUUCGGACGCGGUGCUCUAGGUCACCCAAAAAUUUCGGGUUUUCUUGAACGCGUCUCGUCUCGUCUCUGUUCGUCCAACAUGAGUGUCCAAGACAUUGUCGGCACCACUUUUCAAUUAAACUUGACAACCGAUGCUGAAAUUGUCAGCGAAUUGGCAUCGCUCUGCAAGAUCUACAAUUUAACGCCCCAAGAGUUAAAGUUCAAAUGGGAAGCCUUUGCUCUCAAUAAUGGCGGCAUGACUUCACCUACCGUCGAUUUGGUGCGACAAUUGAAACACACACUGCAACGAGACUUUGAACAAAGCUUGGAACCGGCCAAAGCGAGGGGCCGAGUGACGACCAAACGCGACGUAAUGAUGGAUAUCUCAGACUAUGCCACUGACAUGGAUCAGGACACCAAUGCCGAUGUGCUAGAAAACUUCAUGUCCAAACUGACGGGCGACGCUAUUGCUCGGGAACGUGGUGGUGUUGCCACCAAACAGAUCCGAACCAAUGCGCCUACUUUACUCUACAGCCAACCGUCACAGGUGUCGAGCCAAUUUGCCGAACGUAAAGCGACGCAUGUUAUUGAUGAACAGUACAACGGACAAAUGGGAUUACGGGGACAGUUACAGAGCGGCCAUUCACCGGCAUCCAUUACCUUGGCACAGAAACCUAUCAGUGAAUAUCGUUACAUGUUUGAAAAGAUUCGGGACAAGGCCGACGGCCUGGAUGACCGGAUAGAAUAUAUUGCAAGUGUUAUCGAUCAACAUUACAACCUGGAGGGCAACUUUGGCAAUCCCGCACGACUGAAUCAGAGCACGAUUGUCGCUGUCGGCCGUAUCUGCUGCGAUGCCUCCGAAGGAAAAUUAAACGACAAAUCUGUCAUGUUAGAAACGUCACGAGCAAUCGGCAUGGGAAAGCGUGUAAAAUUGGAUUUAAGCAAUGUCGACCAAUAUGCGCUAUUUCCUGGUCAGAUCGUUGCUGUCGAAGGAGUCAAUAAUACGGGACACACAUUUACCGUACAUAAAAUAUUGAUGCCACCUGUGCCUUCACCACCGCAAGAGGCUCUCUCUAGUCAAGCGGCAGAUCAGCCCACAGAAGUAAUUAUCGCCGCAGGCCCUUAUACUCUCGAUGACGAUCUUUGCUUCCAGCCGCUGGAAGACUUGAUGAAAAUGUGCAUUUCAACCAAACCUGACGUUGUAUUACUGAUGGGCCCCUUCAUAUCAUCCAUGCAUCCUAUCAUCAUGAAUGGCGCGAUCGAUGAAACACCCGAGCAAAUCUUUAAGCAGCAAGUUUCAAAUCGAUUGGGAGAGUUGGCCAAACACAGUCCUACCACACGCAUUCUCCUCAUGCCUCACAGUGAUGACCUGAUCCACGAAUAUCCUCUGUUCCCUCAACCCUGCUUGUCACCGCAGACACUUGGAUUACAGCAUGUGCAAAAUUUGUGCAAUCCUUCGACUGUCAAUAUCAAUAACACUCUGUUUGCUAUCGGCAACAUUAAUGUCUUGUUCCACCUUGGUAAAGAAGAAAUUGCAAAAAGUGACACGUCCACCGAUCGCUUGGGACGUUUAUCAAAGCAUCUUUUGCAACAGCAGAGUUUCUAUCCCUUGUUCCCUGCUACUUCAGGCGAUAACAUUGACGCUGAAAGAUGGGCUGACAUUCAGAUUCCCCUGCUGCCCGACAUUCUCAUUUUACCGUCCCAACUGAAGCAUUUUGCCAAAAAAAUGUUUUGUGUAUCAAUCCCGGCUACCUAUCCAAGCGCCAAUCAGGUGGCACCUACGCGAAAUUGGUGAUUCAUCCCGUGUCUUCAUCCAUGGAAGGCACAAUAUCUUCCACCACGGGCGUCUUGAAAAGAGCUCGAGUGGAUCUAAUAAAGUUGUAGAUAGAUAAUGACAAGGAAAUGAAAUGAAGGAUGAGUGGUGGGAUAUUCAUAUUUAUUUUAGCAUGAGAGUACUUGUUUUUUUUCCUUUUUCUUUUUUCCCUUCUUUUUCCAACGAGAAAAAAAGAUAAAAGCAAGGCUUGAAAUGGAUGGAUGAAGAGAUUAGGAAGCGCGGACAGAGUUAUCGUUAAGUGUGAGAUUGACGACCAUAUUGCCGACAGGUUCAACUUUGAUACAUUGCAAGGUAUCGUAGAUUUCGUUCAUCGUUUGAUAAAGCGAGUCUAGUUCGUCCUCGGAUAAACCACCGUUUGGCUUGGCGUUGGAUAGUAAUUCAAAGGGUGAGGCGUGCUCGACAGGCCGUA